ACACACGCAUACAUUGACGCGCGCCAUAGCGACAUAGCAGCGUCAGCGGUCAGCGAGGCAGUGUAGCAACAGUAUGACAAUUGCGUGGUGUAGCCUUCGUUUGCUGCGACGUGCGACCGUAUCGAUUCGCUGACCAGACGAAGCCCGCUGAUCGUAGAGCAAUUUGGAUUAGAUUAUUCAGCCGCCUCUCGCGAUGGGAGUGAUAUUUCUCGAACACAUCGGCGGCGCUCGGCUGUUCUCCUGCGCCUCCUGUGACACCAACCUCACUAACAGGUCACAGCUCGUGAGCACACGCUUCACGGGUGCCACGGGACGUGCUUUUCUCUUCAACAAAGUCGUCAAUCUGAAUUAUAGCGAGGUACAGGAUAGAGUGAUGCUGACGGGUCGUCACAUGGUCCGAGACGUCAGCUGCAAAAACUGUGAUGCUAAGCUCGGCUGGGUGUACGAAUUUGCAACAGACGAGCAGCAACGAUACAAGGAAGGUCGUGUUAUCCUGGAGCGAGCUCUUGUCACAGAGAGCGGUGGAUUGAGCGAGAAUAUUUAAUAUUUAAUACCGAGCAGCGUUUAGUACGUUAAGGAGUAACUGACCUAAUUUGUGUAUAAUUGUGUAUAUAAGCUAUAUAAUUUUUCAAUUGUUUUUUUUCACUUUGAUCUUGUCGACUUGUUUGUGCGCAAGCAAGUAUUAUGACGCUAAUUUAAUUCGUAAGCGAUAACUUGCAACAUCCUCACGAGUAUGCUGCGAUCCAUCUUUCAUAAACAAAGAAAAGAGAAUGCGUUUCCCAGGCCUUGUUCUUACAUUGUGUUAGCAGCAUACGUUUCGCAUCGGAUCUUAUUCAUGACAACUGUUGAAUCUACGUAAACAUUAUUGGUGUUUUCUUGUAGAUGGAACAUUAAUAAACUGACUUCAAUGGCAAAAAUAUGUUUGUCAAGAAAAUUAGGAAAACGUGAGUAUAUAGAGCUUAGUAAUUCGACUUAGUGUAUCGACUAGUGCAAUAUAAACGUAUAUUAUAGGUGGGACAAGACGUGUAUCGUGUAACUUUAUUUGUACCUCCAAUAUCUCCAAUAAAUUUCCUAGAAGAAGGAACAAUAAUGUAUCAGAUACUCCAAGACAUGUGUCGCAACAAUGUUGACUGCAGAAUAUAUAUAUAAAUAAAGUGCAAAACAUUCCUUCUUUGAUAC